ACCAUUGAACAUCAUCUUGCAUUGUUAUGUCAUGUCAUCAUUCAUGGGGGCCACUGCAUUGUAUUGUAUUGUAUGCAAAGUUGAAACUGGCAAACUGGACCUAACUCGUGCAUUUUGAUUUCCGCGUUUGCUGCAAUCAUCCUCUCCAUUCACACUAUUAUUCUUCUGUUCUUCACCUCUGAAUUACUCUUUUUUUAAUCUCUUUUUUGAAGCUUACUUGAACUGCUUCCACAAAGGUGUUACCUUUUUCCUCCGUUGAACAUGGGGUAGAAGGUUUUUCAUUUGCUUCUUUGCCUUUUCCCACCUCAACUUCAUCCAAAUUCCCUUUUGAAGUUUUCUUACUAAUACUAUUUUCCUAUUUAGUUUCGACGUGUCUUAGGAAGACAAACAUAUAAACCGGCCCUCUAUCAGCUACCAUGUCUUAUUCAUGAAUUAUUGAAGGUAGAUGCAAAGCGAGUCUGAACUGUGAACUCUGAAAUGUUGAGGAUGAGUUUUGGAGUCAAGUGGACCUUGAGUGCUUACCCGUUCUGUACAAUUUUGAAUUGCCUUCGCAAUAUUGGUUGGUGAAUUGAUAGUGAGAGAUAGUCAAUGGUUGUAACUUGGGUACAUCUUGAGGAAAUCAGUAAACUUAAUAAGUUGGAGCUCCGUUGAAGUCGUAAAGAUACGUUGAAAAAGAUUAUGAAGAGACAAUUGACAGGUAUACGGGGUGAUUCUCCCCUGCAAUCUGCAAUACGAGCUGGGAAUUUUGAAUUGGUUCGGGAAAUCAUCUCUCAGAGUCCCGAGGGAGAAUUAAAGGAGCUUCUUUCAAAGAGAAACAACUCGUGUGAAACUGCCUUAUAUGUUGCAGCUGAUAAUGGUCAUCUUGAUAUAGUGAAGGAAUUAAUUAGAUACCAUGAUGCUGGGUUGGCCGGCUUCAAAGCUCGAAAUGGAUUCGAUGCAUUCCACAUCGCUGCUAAGAAUGGACACUUGGAGAUAUUGAAGGUCCUCAUGGAGUUUAUUCCUGAAAUUUCAAUGACUGUUGAUCUGACAAACACCACUGCGUUGCAUACUGCUGCAGCACAAGGACAUAUUGAGGUAGUAAAUUUUCUCUUGGAAAAUGGUAGCAGCUUGGUAACUAUUGCGAAAAGCAAUGGGAAAACUGUGUUGCAUUCUGCUGCAAGAAAUGGUCAUGUGGAGGUAGUCAAGGCCAUUCUGAACAAAGAACCUGAAAUUGCAGUGAGAAUGGAUAAGAAGGGGCAGACAGCGCUCCAUAUGGCAGUUAAAGGACAGAAUCUUGAGUUGGUGGAUGAGCUUGUGAAACUGAAUUCAUCUUUGGCUAAUAUGGUGGAUGCCAAGGGAAACACUGCACUGCAUAUAGCAACCAGGAAGGGUCGUUUACAGGUUGUUCAGAAGCUACUAGAUUGCAAAGAAAUAGACACAGAUGUUGUUAACAAAUCUGGAGAAACUGCCUUGGAUGCUGCAGAGAAAAAUGGUCGGUUGGAAAUCUCGAACUUUCUGCAACACCGGGGAGCACAAAGUGCCAAGUCCAUCAAAUCACCUAAUACAAACACAGCCCUUGAGCUGAAACGAACAGUGAGUGACAUAAAAAGUGGGGUUCAUAACCAGCUGGAACACACUUUCAAAACACAGAGACGUAUGAGAGGUAUAGCGAAGCGAAUUAACAAAAUGCACACUGAAGGGCUUAACAAUGCCAUCAACUACAACACUAUUGUGGCUGUCCUAAUUGCAACAGUUGCUUUUGCUGCCAUAUUUAAUGUCCCGGGCCAGUAUCCCGAGCAACAAGAUAAACUCUCUCCUGAGAUGUCUCCUGGGGAAGCAUACAUUGCUCCUGAUAUUGGAUUCAAGAUAUUCAUAAUCUUUGAUUCUACUGCCCUCUUCAUAUCAUUGGCUGUUGUGAUUGUCCAAACAUCAGUGGUUGUUAUUGAGAGGAAAGCAAAGAGACAAAUGAUGGCAGUUAUAAACAAGCUGAUGUGGGUGGCUUGUGUGCUGAUUUCUGUGGCGUUUAUUGCAAUGUCAUUCAUAAUUGUUGGAGAUCAUAAAGAGUUGGCUAUAGCAGCCACAGCUUUAGGGACAGUGAUUAUGGCAGCAACUUUAGGAACACUCUGUUAUUGGGUGAUUGCUCACCGCCUUGAGGCCUCAAGAUUGCGAAGUCUUCGAACAACAAUGAGCAGUAGGCAGUCAGUGUCUUUGUCAAUGAUGUCAGGAUCGGAGAAUGAGUACAAGACAGUGUACGCCAUAUAACUUUGAUUUCUACCAUUUCGGAGUUCUUCUCCUUUUUUGUCAAAUUACACUAACAUUGAUGUAGGUGUUUGUUCUUAGCAGAACAAACAUUAACUAAUGUUACAAAAGCAUACACGCCUUUGCAGAACACAGGCAAAAUGUGUAAUCAUUGUCCACUUUAUAUGUGAAUGACCAUUCUAAAUUGAAAGUGUUGGAUUAUGCUUAUUUUCUCA